CCGCUGACAUCAGCCCGCGCCGCCAUAUUGGAGGAGAAGCAGCCUCUGCCAGCUCGGCCGCCGCAGGGGGGACGCCAGCCCCCGCUGCCUCCGCCUCCCGCGCCGCGGCCGAGCCCCGCUUCCCAUGACUCCCCUCGGCCGGCCGCUGCCCCGGUGCGGUUAGGGCGGACGCUGGAGCGGCGCCUGUCCCUUCUCCUUCCCCUUCCCGAGCUGUCUCCGAGCCCCUCUCCCCGCGGCCCUCCCGCAUCUCCCAGCCAUGACUUCCCUGACCCAGCGCAGCUCCGGCCUGGUGCAGCGCCGGACCGAGGCCUCCCGCAGCGCCGCCGCCGACAAGGAGCGGGGAGCGGGGGGCGGCUCGGACGAUGAAGGCCGCCGGGACGAGUCCGGCGACGACGAGAAGGGGGACUCCAAGGAAACACGGCUCACCCUCAUGGAGGAGGUGCUGCUCCUGGGCCUGAAGGACCGUGAGGGUUACACAUCAUUCUGGAAUGAUUGCAUCUCCUCAGGAUUGCGUGGCUGUAUGUUAAUUGAAUUGGCAUUGCGAGGGCGUCUUCAGCUAGAGGCUUGUGGAAUGAGGCGCAAAAGUCUGUUAACAAGAAAGGUGAUUUGCAAGUCAGAUGCUCCCACAGGGGAUGUUCUGCUUGAUGAAGCUCUGAAACACAUAAAAGAGACCCAACCUCCUGAAACAGUACAAAAUUGGAUUGAACUGCUUAGUGGUGAAACAUGGAACCCAUUGAAGUUGCACUACCAACUACGAAAUGUCCGUGAACGGUUAGCUAAAAAUCUAGUGGAAAAAGGUGUACUGACAACAGAGAAACAGAACUUCCUUCUUUUUGACAUGACUACGCACCCUCUCACCAACAACAAUAUCAAGCAGCGCCUCAUCAAGAAGGUUCAGGAAGCAGUUCUUGACAAGUGGGUGAAUGACCCUCACCGUAUGGACAAGCGCUUGCUGGCACUGGUUUAUUUAGCCCAUGCUUCAGAUGUUCUGGAGAACGCUUUUGCGCCUCUUUUGGAUGAGCAGUAUGAUUUAGCCACAAAGAGAGUGCGGCAGCUUCUGGAUUUAGACCCUGAGGUUGAAUGUAUGAAAGCCAACACGAAUGAGGUUCUGUGGGCUGUUGUAGCAGCUUUCACAAAAUAACUGCAUUCAGACUGAAGUGUUCUCCUUUCAUGUAAACCAGUUGUUUCUCUUCUAUUGACUAUUCAUGUUUUUCUGUAAUUUGUACCUUCUUACAUGAUGAAUCGGCGCUUGUUUGAUGGGAAUUAUAAGUGGCGUAUUCCCUCCUUCUCUGUGUAUCUGUAUACAGCAUUCUCCUGGUACAAGAGACCUUCCUGUUUAAAAACAACAGAAAAAAGUUUUACUGCCAUAUUGGCAUUCCAUUUCCUAUUCAGUUUGAGUUAUCUGAAAUACUUUGUUUAAUCUAUUUUUCAUCUCACUGUUAUUGAAGUGGUUUAACAUGGAAAGAACCUCAAGGAGAAAAUGUGCAUGCAGUUGGGACCACUAGUCUCAGCCGACACAGAUGUGCGCAUGCAUCAAUACUUCUGCAGUACAAUUCAUAACAGAUUUAAAAGGGCCUUUUAAAAUCACCAAAGCUACAUGUUGGAAGUGUCUGUCAGGACAUUUUAUACACAGAUGUUGUUUCAAUUAUAUCUAACAGAAUUACUUAAAAAGCAAAAAUGCCAUUAAGCAGCUUUGUCAAUAGUUCCCGUAAAAUGCCCCGUAAAUUUUACUUUCCAUGCAAGUUUCUUGUGUACUUAUAUUUUCAUUAGAACAAUAGCUGAGUCAUAAGGCUAGUAUAGAAAGGUCCAAUUGUUUCAUAAACCAGUUUUGGGAUGGAAUACAUUCCAUUAUACUGUAUAUAUAGUUCAAAUUGUAUAUUAACAAUACAUCCCCAUCUUAGUAUUUUGCAAGAUCUACUUAGUUGUACACCUGGUGCCCCUUAUUUGCUGUCAGCCAUUGCCAUUCGAUGGAAAGAAAGGCGUCCUGUAACAAGCAUGUAUGUGAAAGCUGCUGUGUUCCCAGUGUCCACAGAGUUUGCCAUCCAGGUAUUCUCAGUCUAUGCAUUGCCUUUGGUAAUUAGUGUACAAAAAGAGACUACUUUCUAGCAUUGUUUAUAGUGUUUCCGCACCCCCCUCUUUAUGGAAGAGGCUUGUGACCAGUACAAUUCUUAGGUGCAGUUUUUAAUUUUGUACACAAAUUAAUGGUUGUCUCCUAAACCUUAUGAUCUGUUUUACACCUUAAAAACCAAAAGUCAGUCCUAGCAGGUGUUGCAUGUAAAUGGUUAGCAAGUAAUGACUGCAGUUCAGAAGACUAAAAUUUCUGUAAUGGGACACUGCUAUAUUUCAAUUUUUUACAUACAAUUAUGCUGAUUAGCACACUAUUGUAAAAAUUAUAUAAAGAACUUGAGCUUUUUAAGAUUUAUUGCCUCUUUGCCAUUGCUUAUCUCCCAUUGGUUUCACAGUAUAAAUAUUCUGCAUUGAAAAAAUUAAGCAUUGAUUUGUAUUUUUUCUUUUCUCAUAACAAUGCAGACUUAUAGUGGGGCUAACCGGUGUUUAGAAACUUCUUUGGUUAAUAUUCAGAGCAAGAAUACUAGAUGGUGUAUAACUGUAGAGCUGAAAUUUAAGGGAACCCUUAAUCUGUAUACUAGCUUUUUACGUACAGUAAAUAAACUAUGAUCUUGAAAGUGCCUGAAACAGAGCAAGCAUGUCAUUUUUAUUCUUUUGUUGCUAAUUAGGAAAGGUUUUGUUGCUUAACUGAAAGCUUUAGUUAAUAUUCUUCUUAUUAGAAAGGGAGAGUUUAUAUUAAGUAGAUCAAACUGACCUAAUCAGUGGUGUGACUCAGACCUGCAGGAUUCAUGAGUGAGACAGUUUGUCAGAGUGCAGCUGUGCCUGCCCUGGGGAGACCUCUUGUCUUGAGCACGACUCCACAGCCUCAUCUGUGACUGGACUUACGAUUUUGCUCUUCAUUUUCUAUCAUUUAGAUGCUUAAGUAGCUGACUUUAAAAUGCAACCUAAAUUCAUCAUACCUAUAUAACCUUUUUUAAAUAAAGGUUUUUAAAAUGGUCCUUAACGUUUAUUUGCACACUGUUCUUUCAGUUCUUAAAUGCUGUUUCUUUAGAAAAAUUGAAUUAAAAGUAUAUUGUAAGAUAUUUCAAACUGGUUUACAAAUAAAAAGACAGUGUUCUGUCAGUUGUAAGAUGUUUAAAACUUUGAGGAGCUUGGGCAUGAACUUUGGACGUUUUCUUUUAAACAUUUCAAAAUGUGAUUGCUGUAAGUGGAGGAAAAAUGAAAGUUGCCAUCUUGCUCUUACAUUUCACAGCUUAUAAAAUACUUACUGUACUUGAUAAUAUAUGCUAACUCUGUUUUCAUUGUCUUGUGCUGCUGUGAUCUGUUUUCUCAUUUUCUGUUGCUUUUUGAGAGGAAGGAAAAGUAAUUAGGUGGAAGGGUCAGAAAAAUAGUGACGUAUUCAGGAGCAGGUUAAGUGCACAAAACUUUUAAAAUUACUUUGAAAAUCUAAGCUACUUGAAACAUGCUUCAGGCCAAAAGUAUCUUUCAUAGUCCCUUUCCUGUCCUCUCAUCUCCAUUCUGUAUAUUCUGUGUUCCUGCUCUUUUCAUGUUAGGUUGUGGAGGAUAUUGUAGUUUUGUCACCCUUGCAGCCAACAUGGUCUCAAAGAAAUCACCCUUUAAUCCCCUCUGGAAAGAGGCUGGGUUGGGGUUUUUUUGUUUUGUUUUGUUUUUUCUUUUUUAAAUUUUAUUUUUUCCACAGAAAAAAUAACUGCCUACAGUAUUUAUCAGAUUUAUUUUGCUUAGAGAUAGAACCUUUUUCUGUGAUGGGGAUAAUUUCUACUGGGUGUAUCAAAGCACUUUGAUGUAAGUAAUGAAGGUUUUGUGACGAGUGACUGUCUUUUGCUGAACCACCUAGUAGAAGCCUGGAUGUGCAGGGGAAAUAGAUGAGCUUUUGGAGUCUUGAGUUCUAUGUUGUGCUUUAAAAAGCCAAAAGCCUCACAAGAGCUACCAGACCUUACAUCUAACAAGGAAGGUAAGUUUAAUAGGAUUUAGCAAACACCCCCCACUUCGUUGCUGUUUCAGGUUCUGAUAAAAUGGUUAAGCAUGGGAGACAGCUUUGUUCUGAGAUUCAGGUACCCUUCUUCCCAGUAGCUGCUCCUGCAGCUCACGGACACCUGGAGUCCUGGGUCUAAGACACUUUUGGCUGCUCCAAGUCCUCGGCUCUCAAUGUCUGCUUAAAGUGAAGACUGCUGUCCAUAGCCUGAACUUGAAUGUAUGCCACAAGAAAGAACAUACGCUAUUCAGGGAUCCAUUCUUUUAAAACAAACUUUCAAGUUAAUGUCAAAACCUUGAGAUUUACAUCCUUUCCUGUGUUUCUAGAGGUGAUGCUACAGUGCUAUAUGGGAUGCUAGUGAAAUCUGUGUGCCAUACAAGAUGCUUUUGAGGCUAAAGUUGCAUCUAUGAUUCUAUGAAAUUGGCUAUAAAAGGCUGGUGACUGAGUGCUCAUGUGUUCAUGCCCAUUUCUCCUGCAAAGUGAAGAUACGUAUUAACUAAUGUGUUCUCUGUGAACUGGACUGAAUCUGUACUGAAACAAAAUAAAGCACCCUUUCAACUAUCA